CUGGGGACUCAUUGCCAAUCUGAACAACUUCUAAAGUAAAGAAGGCAGUAUUUUGGAUUAUUUUUGUGUCGUUGGUUUCCAAAGKGGUCURCAUGCUGAACUGGAGUUUAUGGAUUGGAUGGAAUUCGCUCGUCAGUUUCUAAUUAAGCCAGAAUGCUAAUGAUUCGUGAAACGGACAUGUUGAAUUGAAACGCGCGAAGCGGUCGAACUAUAAAUGGAGAAGAAACGGCUAAAGAAGCAGCUCAAAUAAGGCGAAAUGCCUAACAAAAAUACUAAUGAUGUGCCGUUGCCGUUGGGUUGGGAGGAAGCGAGAGACGCCGAUGGAAGGUUGUUUUACAUCGAUCAUUCCACCAAAACAACGACAUGGAUCGAUCCCCGUGAUAGGCUUGUGAAACCAUUGUCAUUUUCUGACUGCAUCGGAAAUGAACUGCCUCUUGGGUGGGAAGAAGUCGAUGACCCUGUCAUUGGAAAGUAUUUCAUAGAUCAUAAUACAGGGACGCAGCAAGCCGAGGACCCAAGGGAAUUAUGGCAAGGCGGAAAACACAAUAUGAUAAAGCAAUACUUGGAAUUAACACAAAAUGACUUGACAGUACAACAGAAUGUUCUUAGCGUGAAAAUGCAAAGAUUGGAUGUGGCGCAGAAUGAGGUGCAGUUUUUGACUUCAGAGCUUGAAAACAUGCAAAAUCAGCCAUCUUUAUCAACUCAAAGUCCUCAAUGUUCUUCAUACAAGCAUUCCAARCAGAACAGUAAUUGUUCUGCCGCUUCAUCAUCGUCGACGACUUCAUCUAUAGCAAGCAAGUUUGACCCAAAUUUGUUGAAGAAAGAGAUUCUGUUAGCAAAAACAAGGGUGGAGCGGUUAAAAUCGGAAAUGGAGCAAGUUUGUGGCGAAGUUCAGGCAAARGAAGAGGGAAUUCGGACACUCGAAAAAGUCGAUCAAAAGCUUGCAUUGAAACCUCGAGAUCAAGAGCAAUUAAGUCCUGGCAGAACUCCGAGUCUGAAAGAAAAAGAAAAGCAGUUAACGCCGAAGAAAGAAUUAAAACAAAUAAAGGACGAUAUGAAUUUCAAAAGGACUUCUACAACAGGAUCACAGACCGACUUGUCAAUUGAAAGUCCCCUUGAUAAAGGCAAACUCAAGGUUGAAUAUAAAGAAUCGAUAAGAGAAGUGCAAAGRCUGCACUCAGAGAUAGGUCGUAUUGAAGACCAACUGAAAAACAAYCCAACCGAUAAUGGCACCAACACGGCAAACAUGAACACUCUGAUGCUGAUACAAGAAAAAGAAAAAUUGCUCGACGAAAUWAGAAGACUUGGGUCGAUAGUGAAGAACGAAGAAGAAAAGAGUAAGCUCGAAAAUGAAAAAGAAAAGCUCGCAGCGGAUUUAGAAUCAGCCCGAGAGCUUUCCCAUCGCGUUAUCGCUGAUCGUAUGCAAUUACAGGCGGAGAAAACAAUCCUUGUUCAACAGCUACAAGAACAGGCCAAACUGACAAAUCUUUUGGAGGCACAAUUACGAAACAUGUCGAAUAGUACCCUGUCUAUUUCUUCCUGCUCUAGCAAAGGCUCUUUGUCGACUGGAAGUCGUGGUUCUCUAUCAUCUAGUCGCGGUUCGCUGUCAUCSUUAAGCUAUUUGGAGACUGGUUUAUCCAAUAGCAGUGAGCCGCCAAAUCUUCGUGAAUUACACUUACGUGUUACUGAAAUGCUCAAUAAAUACCAACCGUCGCCUGUACGGACCAGCGGAGUUCCUACAAGUUAUAUACCUACGUCAUCACCUGCAUACCGCCCUGCUGUUUCUACGUGCUCCCCACAGAUGUCGUUCUCGUCGCGUGACUCCAUGUCAAUAUCAUCACUUUCGCCUCCAAUGUCGCCGUCUUCCUCUGAACAGUCACCAGCCGCUUCACCCAUGCGCAUGCCUGUUUCUCAAGCCGAAACAACCGCCGUUCAAGAAGGCACUGAAUCUGAAAGAARUAGCUUAUUACAGGCUGAAGGUAUACCCGUUCAACAAAGGAUCCGUCUUCUUUGCGCWGACUCGCGGUCCAGCGAGUCAAUCAAUAAUUUACCGUACACACCUCUCUCGCCAAUCACAGAAGGCAUUGCUUCGUUCUCGCUACAAGGUGGAGAAAGCUACCAAAACGUGCGACCGACUGUGACGGCAGCGGCGUCCAACGAAUCCGUUGCAGCUGACAGUGGUGUCUUUGAAGCUUCUCAAGAAAACCUCAAAGCCGCACAAAGUAACAGUGACUUGAGGUCAAGAAGUGGUACAGAUGGAACAGAUGAUGACAGCGGUACAGCRCAAAUAAACAUUGGUUUGAAUUACGAUCGCGAUCGAGAGAUAUUACUCGUUACUGUUGACCGUGGUAAAAACAUGAAAGAGCUUCAAAAAGUUGGCUGCUUGGAAUGCAUGGCGCUGUACGUGAAGCUUACCUUACUCCCUGGUGGAGAACCACUUCGUGUGGUGGAGACCAAUCUUUGUAAUGAUGUAAAUAAUCCUAUAUUUGGUGAACAAUUGCCCAUUCCGGUAGUCGAGGCSAAGAUCAGCAACAAGACUUUACAACUUCAUGUUUGUUCAAUAACAAAGAAUAAAACCGAAGAACUACUAGGUGGUGCACAGAUUAGUCUAGCCGACUUCAACGUUCAAUCUCCCAUUUCUUUCCGAUGGUGUAACAUCCUUAAUUUCACAUAUCUUCAAGCACCACCUAUCAAGUCAAGCUCUAAAAAUCUCCUUUCGCCCUUGCCUCACUACCCUAUGUCACCCAUGGAUAACAUAGCAGAGACUUUAGGAAAUCAUUUCAAGAUAAGACCCAGCUCAUGGUGCUGUGGCGGUUCGUCGCUUAGYCUAGCAUCAGCAAGUGGUGACAGUACUGCAGGUCGAUCAGGAAGCCAUGAAAUGCUAAACCAAGAUCCRGCUGACCGUAGAUUAUCAGGCAGAAAAAUCGAACGUGAACACUCGCAAGAGGACAGUGUGGUCAGCGGUGAUUCGUUGCAAGAUGCGGAGAGCGACUGGGCACAAAUAUCGAGGCCUUUCCCAAAGACAUCGCAACGCUUGAUGUCAUCUCUGACAAGGAAAUAYUCCGAUCCCGAUUCUGUCAUCGAUAGAUAUACAGACGAUUCAAUCCACGCUCCAGUCAUGCAAAGAGCUUUCGACAUCAAUCUAAACCGAAGUAAUUCCGACUGUACCGCUCGUAAGACGGACCGAAGUCCCUUCGUAAGGCUKUCAGUGGAAAGGAGUAGUAUGAGRAGAAAGAAGCGCCCUGUAUCAUGGCAAGGCGUACAGCAAUACCAACAAAUGUUACCUUUUGAUAUUUCACGAAUGGAGCUGGAUGAUAUGGAAUCAGCACGUUUACGACAGGCACAAAUUCAAGAAGAUAUAUACCGACUGCACAAAUUAAAACAAAGAAUCGAAGAAGCCCUCGCUGCAGGUUCAACCGAGGUUCCUAAGUCGAUAGAAGAUAGUGAUGAAUACCGAACUUUGCUCAAAGAUGUCGAGGCACGUAACCUUAUUCGAAGAGCUGCAAGACGCAAACAAACAGAUUUGAAGUUUUUACGUGACAAGAAAUCCACCAAAGGACUCAAGCUUCCACCAUCCACUACAAGGGAACAGCAUUGGGUCUGAUGAAUAUAUAUUUAUAAGGGUCGUUGUUAUGCUUCACAAUGAAGCCCCCAUUAAACUUGAAUAAAUUACUAUGUAAUCUGAAGGCCUUAUUUGRUAUAUGAUAAUAAGGCUUCAGCUAUGUCUUGUAGAAAAGCCUAUAUGAGACUCUAAAAAUAAUUGACUAAUAAUUAACUAAUAAUAUCUUGGGUCAACUUGUCUCUCAGGAUUCAUUAACCAUUCAUGUUCAAAUUUAACAUAAUAUUAUUCUGGUUUUUGAUAUAUUCUAGAUGUACAGAAUUUAUCUAAAGUUAUAUCUUUACUACUAUUGCUUCUGAAAUAAAGUCCAACGUUUAUACAA